AUGAAAUGGCGAGUGGCUGGUGGGAUGGGCGUACCGCUCGCUGCUGCUAUCUUCUUCAUGCUUCCACUAUUCACUUCGUCUACAGGGGAUAUACGACAUCAUGGCACAUCACGAUCCCGGGGCUGGCGGGGAGGCGUUCAGCCAUCAGCGGACGUGACAGCAAACAACUCCGUGAGCAAUGUCACCGCACAGCUGGGGGGCACGGCCUACCUACACUGUCUGGUUGGACACUUGAGCGAGAGAGGGCAAGUGUCAUGGAUUAGAAAACGUGACUGGCACAUACUCAGCUCCGGAAAAUUUACCUACACGAACGAUGAAAGAUUUCAGGUCCUACAUGGUGAAGGCUCCGAGGACUGGACUUUGCAAAUCAAAUUUGUUCAGAAGAGAGACAAUGGUACCUACGAGUGUCAGGUAUCUACCCGUACUGGCAUCGUAUCCCACUAUGUACGACUCCAGAUCGUGGUGCCGGAAGCCUUUAUUUUGGGCUCUGGGGAGCACCAUGUUGACCUCGGCAGCGUUAUUCAUCUCAUCUGUAUCGUCGAAAAGAGUCCGACACCACCCCAAUUCGUAUUCUGGUACCAUAACGACCGGAUGAUAAACUACGAUGCGAUCCGUGGUGGGAUCAGCGUGGAGACGGAGCCGGGUGCGCGCACACAGUCACGCCUCACCGUCCGCGGUGCCACGCUCAAAGACUCCGGCAACUACACCUGCAGCGCCAGCAACACUGAACCGGCCUCUAUACAUGUGUUCGUCUCUGAAGGCAGCAACAAGAUGGCGGCGAUCUUGCGUCGCAAUACAAGCGCAAUACAUGGCAUCACUUCAAGCGUCACCUGCCUUUUGUUGCUUUCUUCAGUUAUGGUCCAUUUCGGCCUGCGAUGA